AUGGAUAAACCAAAUGGUCUUGAGAAGAUAUGGUUUUCUACCAAAAUCAAAUGUGAAGAUAAAAAGGAAUAUUAUUUAAAAGGUUCAAUUGAUCCAUCGUCGCUAUCAUUUGAUCUUGAAUUAACAGAUAUGAUACAUGCAUGGGUCGGUACAACUCAACUGGCAAAUGUUUGUGACCUACAUGACACGAUAAAUGCUUUUAAGAACAACUUAACAACAUCGAUUAAUAAAUAUGUUUAUACAUGCAAAAUGAAUCAAGAAGAAGAAAAAAAUAUUUUAACGUUGACCUGGAAAGAAGAUGUAGACGAUGAUAUGCCGAGUAUUAUUGUUGGAGAAACGAAUUUAAUUCAAAGUCAGGACGUAGUAACUAUUUUACGUGAUAUGAUGAAUUAUAAUAUUGAAAGAACAAUUAAUUUACGAAAAGAAAAUAAAAAAUUAUUAAAAGAAAUUGAUUGUAUUAAAUGUGAAAGGGCUGAUACAUUAAAACUUUUAAGUAAAUAUGUUAAUAUUAAAAAACAAACGGAAGAUGAUUUGUUUAAGAAAUUUAUUUUGGUUUUAAAUCAGAAAAAAGACCAGCUUUGUCAAUUAAAGCGAGAACUCGAUGAUUAUCGUACUCAUUCCAAUGUUGAAGAUAAAAAUAGUUGUUCUUCUCGUUUUAACAAUAAUGAGCAUUCAAGUGGGAAUGGUGAUGUAUCGAAUUUAUUUGAAAAAAAUGUUCAAGACAAUGAUGAAUGGGGGGAUAUUCAACUAACUACACCGAAACGUGUAUCUAUUGAUAAAUCUCUUAUUGUUCGAAAACCAACCUCUGACGACGAGGAAGAUGAAAAUGCAUUGGAUCUUGGUGUACAAGAUGGAAGUGAUACUACACCAUCAACUCGAACCAAACACAUUUUAAGACAAACUCCUCGUCGUUAUAGCGCGACACUUAGCGGAAGAAUCCCACUAUCAAUGGUUCAAAUGUCAUCACCUCAAGAGUCAAUCGAAUCAGAACAAAAUGUAUCUCAUUUAUUGGAGGAGUAUAUUUAA